UUACCGACCGGCAGUCGAUUAAUCGACUUUUUGUUCCCAGCGCUUACCGACCGGUAGCCGAUUAAUCGACUUUUUUAUUUUCCGCUAGAUCCGAUUAGGUUAGACAGGCAAGUAGCAAGCAGCAAGCAUUUCUUAUCUUGUAUUCUGAUACUCGUUGCGUUGCUCCGAAAGCACCCAUAUUUUUAUACAGUUGUUAAAAAUUUAGCCUUCACGAUGAAUGAAAAGGAUAGUAUUGGUGAGUUUUAUCUCGAUGAUCUGUCAGAUUGUCUUCACUGCUCUUCAGCAAGUGGUACUGAUGACGAAAGUGAUAGCAGUAAUGUAAUGAUUCGAAAGCGACGUUCUGUAUUACCACUAAUAUACAGUGAUUCAGAAGACGAUGAUAUAAAUAAUAACGUUGAAGGCAGCAGUGGUACAUGGUCGACGAAUGACAAGACUAUAAUUUUGGAACCUUUCGAAGGCAGCCCCGGCGUAAAAAUUAUGCCAAGUUCCCCUGAAAGUGUAAUGGAUAUUGUAAAUUUAUUCAUUGGAAGUGACCUGAUUGAGCACUUGGUGAGGGAAUCUAAUAGAUAUCAUUAUCAAGUCAUAGAAAAAUAUAGAAUUAUAUCAAAAACGAAAAAAUGGACAGACAUCACAGUAUCUGAAAUGAAGAAAUUUUUGGGUCUAAUAGUUCUAAUGGGACAAGUAAAGAAGGACGUUCUCUACGACUAUUGGUCCACGGAUCGAACUAUAGAAACGCCAUUCUUCUCGAAAGUAAUGAGCAGAAACAGAUUUUUACAAAUAAUGCAAAGCUGGCAUUUUUGUAACAAUGACAACAUUUCUUCCAAUUCGCAUAGGCUUGCAAAAGUCCAGCCUGUCGUCGAUUAUUUAAAGCAAAAAUUUAACGAUGUAUAUAAACCAGAUCAACAAUUGUCUCUGGAUGAGUGUAUAAUUCCGUGGAGAGGUAGACUUUCAAUCAAGACAUAUAAUCCCGCAAAAAUCACAAAAUACGGAAUACUGGUGAGAGUGCUGUCUGAAGCUCGUACCGGAUACGUAUCUAACUUUUGUGUGUAUGCUGCUGAGGGGAAAAAAUUAGAAGAGACUGUAUUAUCGGUCAUUGAACCGUAUAAGAACAUAUGGCACCAUAUAUAUGAAGACAAUUAUUACAAUAGUGUCAACAUGGCUAAAAUUCUUUUAAAAAAUAAAGUGCGAGUGUGCGGGACAAUUCGAAAGAACAGAGGUCUUCCUCAACCACUUCAAACGACCAAACUUUCAAGAGGCCAGCAUGAAUUUCGUAGAGAUGACCAUAUUCUAUUACAAGUAUGGAAUAAUGGCAAAAGGAACGUAAAUAUGAUCUCGACAAUACAUUCUGCACAAAUGGUGGAAUCUGGAAGCAGAAGUAGGACAUCAGAUUGCCCCAUACAGAAGCCUAUUUCAAUAAUAGAUUACAAUAAAUAUAUGAAGGGCGUAGAUCGCGCAGAUCAAUAUCUGUCCUAUUACUCCAUUUUUAGGAAGACAAAAAAAUGGACGAAACGUGUCGUAAUGUUCUUUAUCAACUGUGCACUUUUUAAUUCCUUUAAAGUAUAUACAGCUCUAAACGGAAAGAAGAUUACAUAUAAAAAUUUUCUGCACAAAGCGGCACUUUCAUGGACAGAAGAUUGCGAAGCUAAAGAACAAGAUAAAGAUCUACCUACUUCCGAAUCCACACGAAUCACAUCCCGAUGUGAUCAUCCCGGAAGACUGGCAAAUUUCGGAAAGCAUAAACUGGUAAAUAUAGUGACCAGCGGUCGAUGUAAAAAACCCCUAAGACAAUGCAGAGUUUGUUCAAUUAAAAAAAGAAGAAGCAGAACAGGUUUCAUCUGUAAAUUUUGCAACGUUCCACUACACAAAGGUGACUGUUUCGAGCGGUAUCAUACUUUAAAAAAAUAUUAAACAACUUCUUUUUCGAAAAAUAU